AUGGGGAGGAGUAAUAGCAGUUUCCAUGGAGACUUCAUUCUGGUGGGCUUCUCUGAGCAGCCACAGCUGGAAAAGACACUUUUUGUGGUGGUCUUGUGGUCCUACCUCCUGACACUCAUAGGAAACACAGUCAUUAUUGUGGUCUCCUUCACAGACCCGAAACUGAAAAUGCCCAUGUACUAUUUCCUCACCCAUCUCUCCCUAGUUGACAUCUGCUUUACCACCAGUAUUGUCCCCCAGCUGCUGUGGAACCUAAGAGGACCAGACAAGAGCAUCACUCUGGUGGGCUGUGUUGUUCAGCUCUAUGUGUCCCUGUCCUUGGGCUCCACCGAGUGUGUUCUGCUGACUGUGAUGGCUUUUGAUCGCUAUGCUGCUGUGUGCAAACCCCUGCACUACUCAGCUGUGAUGAAGCCUCAGCUGUGCCAGGCUCUGGCAGGGGUGGCAUGGCUGUGCGGAAUGGGAAAUGCUCUCAUCCAGGGCACUGUCACCCUCUUGCUUCCUCGCUGUGGGCACCGGUGGAUCCACCAUUUCUUCUGUGAGGUGCCUUCUAUGAUUAAGCUUGCGUGCGUCGACAUCCAUGCCAAUGAGGUCCAGCUCUUUGUUGCUUCACUGGUUUUGCUUCUCUUGCCUUUGACCCUGAUACUGAUGUCCUAUGGACAGAUAGUCAGGGCGGUCUUCAGAAUUGGGUCAGCCCAGGCAUGGAAAAAAGCCCUGGGAACGUGUGGCUCUCACUUGAUGGUAGUGUCUCUGUUCUAUGGGACCAUCACGGCUGUGUACAUUCAGCCCAAUAGUUCUUAUGCUCACAGUCGUGGGAGGUUCAUUUCCCUCUUGUAUACAGUCGUGACUCCGACCCUCAAUCCCCUCAUCUACACGCUGAGAAAUAAAGAUGUGAAAGGAGCACUGAGAAGAUUAUGUCACAGAGACCAAAGUCUAUGA